GUUUUUGUUACAACUCGCACUGAAAUAUUCGUAUACUGAGGAUCUGUCUGAAAAAAUAUCAAUAUUUCAUAAAAAUGGUCAAUUUUUUUUUUCCAAUUUCAAGAAAUCCUAGACGGUGGUCGUUAUUUUUAAUGCUGAUGAUGAUAUACCAUACUCACUAUAUCGAUGACUUAUUGAAUGUUCUACUUUCACAUAAAAUCUAAUAUUUUUUAAAUUGAAUUGACGCAAAGUUUUUCAAUAUCCAUUCGUCACAUGAUUUUUCUUGCAGAAUAUUGUAUUGGAGGAUACAGAUAAGAAUGACGUACUUCGGCAAAAACGAGGAGUUGACAAGCAAUAUUCCUUUGACGUCGUGUUUGGUGAAAAUUCAACUCAAGAGGAAGUCUAUGCUAUCACAACCAGUAAUCUAGUCAAAGACGUCUUAAAUGGGUACAAUGGGACAGUUUUUGCUUACGGACCAACAGGAGCAGGAAAAACUCACACGAUGGUAGGAGAUAGGACUCAGCCUGGAAUUAUGAUCAGAGCUCUGAACGACAUCUUCGAAGCAGUGAAGAACAACGAGGAUGAAUAUUCGGUUACGAUGUCCUAUCUGGAGAUAUAUAAUGAGCAAAUCAGAGAUCUGCUCAAUCCUCAGUCUGGAUUUCUAGAGCUGAGAGAAGAUUCAAAGGGUCGGAAUAUUCAAGUAACUGGGCUUUCAGAAAUUUCAACUACUUCCACGGAUGAGGUGAUGUUCCUCCUCCAGAAAGGGAACAAAGCGCGAACAGUCGAACCCACAGCCAUGAACCUGACCUCCUCCCGAAGCCACGCCCUCCUCAGCGUCACCGUUCGUCACACCGUACCCGUGGACAAAAAAGACCAUCUGCGCAUGCGCGUCAAGCAGGGCCGGCUGUUCAUGAUCGACCUGGCGGGGUCCGAGAGGGCCAACAAAACGAAGAACAGGGGCAAGAGGUUGCAGGAGGGGGCCCACAUUAAUAGGAGUCUGCUGGCGUUGGGGAACUGCAUAAACGCCUUGAGUGGGGGUGCCAGGUAUGUCAACUACAGAGACUCCAAACUGACCAGACUCCUCAAAGAAGCCCUCAGUGGCAACUGCAAGACCGUCAUGAUAGCCCACGUGGCACCCUCCGCGGCGCAGAAAGACGAGUCCCGCAACACGCUCAGCUACGCUGACAGAGCCAACAACAUCAGCACCAAGAUCGAGCGCAACGUGCUCGACGUGUCCUACCACGUGACGCAGUACCAGACGGUCAUACACGAGCUGCGCGACGAAAUAUCCCGACUGCAGACUAAGAUGAAGGAGGAGAGACCAAGGUCUGGGAACGUGACGAAGCUGAGCUCAGAGCAGCGCAGCGGCGAAGUGAGAAGUCUGCGCGAACAGAUCGUGGAGACGUUCAAGACGCAGAUGAAGCUGAGGCGGAAGCUGAUGGAGAUCGAUUCGCAUCUGCUGGGCCUGGGCAUGGAGGCGGAGAGGCAGCACGUCGUCAUAUCGCAUUGGGAGUCGAGGAAUAACAAGCUGUAUAAGAACAGCGUCAACGAGUCUAGAGCGAGGACCCAACAAAGCAUAAGAAGGAGGAAAAUCCACACUGCAGACGGCUUCAGAUCUGCUGGCAACGAGCAGGACGAAGUUCCUUCAGAAGAUGGAGGUGUAGAGGGCGAGACAGCAGUUCAGCAGGCUUGGGCGGAGAUUGCGGACAUAGAACGGGAGCAGGAAAGAUGGUCUGAACUGCGAACACGUAUCGAACAUAAAUUGGAGGAUUGCAGACAACGAGGGGUGGCUUUGGAAGACCAACUUCCCUCGCUUCUGUCUUCAGAUGACGAGAGAGAAAUUCUGGCCUUGAUGUGUCGCGUCCACGAAUUGGAAGCCGAUAAGAUGGCUUUACAAUCUGAAAGAUUGGUCAGACAACACGAGCUGAGGCGAAGAGAUUUGCUGAUAUUGAGGUACGACAGACAGCGGCAGCUUUGCGAAGAGAUCAUUACGCGACAACGACAAAUGAUGGAAGAUCUCAAAAUCAAGUUACCUCAAGAUCUUGAAGAAUUGUACCAGAUGUACCAACAAGAAAUUCAUGCCUCGACUUAUACGGAUUUCAGUUUACCACAAAGUUCUUUAUCAUCGGAUAAGUUACCUCCAAUCAGCAACAUGUUCAAUGAGACGAUUUUUAGAAGACACCCUACUCUAGAUAGGAGCGGCAGCGACGCCAGCGUUCAAUCACCACCCUUGUCGACGCCUUCUAGUGAUGAGGAUGGUCCGAAUGCUGCCGAUUCCACUAUCGAUAAAGUCUUGGGACACCCCGUAUACAGACCUGGAUUGGCCACUAGACUUCCACCUUUACCACCGAGUCCGCCUAUACGCUUGAAAACCAGUGGAUCCGGAUCGAUGAAGCGUGCCACCAGUGAAAAUUAUAUAAAUAGGUCAGAAACACGACUAUGAAAUAAAUUGUAUCAUCGCUAAAGUGCUUUUUUAUUUGAUGUGACACAUCGCGUGUGUGAUUGAUUACCUAAUAAAAGUUUUAUAUCAUUCAA